AUGGCAGCAACGUCGAUAUCUGAUCAUGUCGAGGCCGGCAUCCAAGACAAUGGCGACAAAGACCAGAGACGUUCGGACAAGUACGACGCUGCUUUCGCGCAAGCCGGUGUCCAACAGGUCGAGGCCAUUACGACGGUUUGGAGCACCAGGAUGUUGUGGACUGUUUUUGCACUGCUCUAUGUAGUCAACGUCGUCGAUGCCAUCCUUCAGCACGUCCAGUCCUCCCUCACCCCCUAUGUAACCUCAGCUUUUGCGCAGCACAGCCUCCUAGCAACGACCGGUGUCGUGUCGUCCAUCAUCGGUGGCGUCUGCCAGCUCACGAUUGCCAAAGUCAUUGAUAUCUGGGGCCGUGGCGAGGGCUACGCCGCCAUGCUCAUGCUCUGCGUUAUCGGACUGAUCAUGAAGGCGACUUGUAACAGCGUGGAAAUGUACGCAGCUGCGCAUACGCUGUAUUGGGUUGGACACAUCGGCAUCACCUAUAUCAUCUCGGUUGUCCUGGCGGACAUGACAACGUUGCAGAACCGAAUGAUUAUGUUUGGAAUCAACACGACACCGUCAAUCGUGAGCACAUUCUCUGGACCAAAAAUUGCUGAGCUCUUCUUGCAAAAUGUCAACUUUCGUUGGGCAUUCGGUGGCUUUUCCAUCAUCUUGGUCGCCUUCUCACUGCCUAUCCUCCUGGUCUUUUUCCUCUAUGGGCACAAAGCUGUCAGCCUCGGGGUCAUCGAGAAAGCUACCAGCCGAACUAUCCGGGAGUCGAUCGAGUAUUACUUUUGGCAAUUCGAUGUUGUCGGUCUUCUCCUUGUCACGGUUGGAUGGUCUCUUCUGCUCUUGCCGUUCAGCAUCGCAAGAUCAGCUCCUCAGGGGUGGUCCACGGGUUAUAUUAUUGCCAUGAUUGUGCUUGGUGUUCUCGUGCUCGCCGCCUCUGUCUUUUGGGAAAAGUCGUAUGCGAGGAUUCCGUUCUUCCCCUGGAAAUUCCUCAAGGAACGAACUGUUUGGGCGUCUUGUCUUCUGAACGGGCUGAUGUUCAUGUCGGUAUUUGUAUGGGAAGCAUACUAUACGACGUACUUGCAGGUCGUGCACGUCCAGAGCGUCAGUAACGCGGGCUAUAUCUCAGGAACCUUUAAUGUUUUCUCUUCGUUUAUAGGGCCUUUUGUCGGCUUACUCAUCCGGUACACCAACGAGUACAAGUGGGCGUCUAUCGCCGGAGUUCCUUUUGCUGCACUGGGAAGUGGCCUACUUGUCCACUUCCGCCGCCCCGACACCAGCGUCGGCUAUCUCGUCAUGUGCCAGAUCCUCACCGGCGUCGCCGUGGGAAUCUGGGGCUUGACGGCGCAGCUUGCUCUCAUGUCCUCGGUCCGUCAUCAAGAGGUUGCCAUAGCUCUCGCCAUGAGUGGACUUUUCGGUUCGAUUGGCGUGUCUCUCGGAUUCACGGUUGCCGGUGCCCUAUGGACCAAUAUUGUGCCUGCAAAGUUGCACGAGGCUCUGCCUGAGGACAGUAAGAACCUGACCAGCGUCCUCUUUGGGGAUAUUCGGGAGCAACUGUCGUAUCCUAUGGGAAGCCCAAUCCGAGGUGCUGUCAUUGUAGCUUUCCAGGACGCACAGCACAAGAUGGUUAUCGUUGGAACGUGUUUGGUGCCCCUUAUGCUGGCUUGCAUAUUUGUCUGGAAGAAUGUUGAUCUGAGGAAGCGACAGCAAGAGGAGGGCCAGUCAAAGGGAAAUGUCUUUUAG